ACCCUUCACAAUGGCACAAAAACCACUAUCCCCCGAAGCCGACGAACAGUACCACGAAUCCUCCGACGAAGACUUCAAUCCCGCCACCGCCCCCGUCGCCGACGAAUCCUCCAGCUCCUCCGAAGACGAACCCAUCCCCGCGGCCACCAAGCCUGCGUCGCGGAAGCGCAAGCGGAAAGCACCAUCUCCUCCCGAAUUUGACUCUGGAGAUGAAGUCACCAUACAAGCGGCGAAGAGCCGGCGCGCGAAGAGGAAGACAGGGAAGGCAGAUGACGACGAUUUACUUUUGUCCGACGACGAGGGCGGAGAAGGCGGACUGGUGAAGACUAGGGCACAGAGGAGAGUGGAAAAAAUAGAGCGGCGACCGCUGGCAAGGACGGAUGGGGCAACGGUAGACGUCGAUGCGCUAUGGUCGCAGAUGCUGGCUGCUCCCCUUAAACCUACGAGUUCUGUUCCUGGGGCGGAAACACAAGACGGGGCCCACAAGAAAGGGGAAGAUGCGGAGACUGGACCUCAAACCGAGGAUGGCCCCAGUGACGAAUUCAUAAACCUCAAACUCGUGGCCAAGCAUGCAGGCCAAACCGACACAUUUGAAAAGCGUGUCCGCAAAGGCUCUGCGGCUCAUCAUCAAUAUUUAAAAGACGGCUGGACCAUCGUGGAGCCGCCUCCUAUACCUCCUGAAGAACCUGCAGAGCCAGACGCUGAACCCGCAGACCAAACAGAAGCCCCAGAAACCGAUACUAUCCACCGCCCCCUCCGUCGACCCUUUCGCUUCGAGCCCAACCCCGCUGGCUAUGUCCGCAACCUUCCACCCGACCGCCAGCUUACCUGGCCCCGCAAGCGCACCGCUGUCGACCAAGAAAACGCGCCUACGCCCGCGGUUGCAAAACCUAUGCUGCCGCCUGAGAAGGUGAAGAAACUCAACGUGGUGGAUAAGACGCGGCUGGAUUGGACAGGAUUCGUGGAUAAAGAGGGUCUGGCAGACGAUUUGGAUGAGUACGGGAAGGCGAAGGCCAAUUAUGCAGAGCGAAUGGCAUUCUUGGCAAAUGUGGACGCUAAGGAGGAGGAAGAGAGAAGGAGGGCGAGAGAGGGAGCAAAGGGGAAGGCAAAAGCGUAGGGUUUUGAGCGGUACUGGUAUGAACGCUGUCAGCGAUGACAGGAUGCCGAAAACAAAUAUAAUUGAUGUUCUCACAUCACAGAAGACUCCCUUUCCAAUGAGGCUCAUAAGCUCAACUAAGAAUUUCUUGGCAACCUCAAAAGCGUUGAAAGUAGGAAGCGUUGAAAGUAGGAGGCGUUGACCAUCGUCAGCCUCCUAAAACUUCACUCCAAAAGCCAGAGGUCUGAUUC